CUCCUGGCUCUGCCCAUCCCCACUGCUGGCCUCUACACCUGUCUCCCUCGGGCCCAUCCGGCUGGGGGAGGAGGAGCCCUUUGAAGUCAGCUGGAGGUGCUGCUUUGAUGGGGGGCCCAGGCUAAUGCGGAGGCGUCCUCUUUUGAAGCACCCAGACUCCCUGGAGCCACUGCGGGGAGGGGGUGCCCGAGUGCCAGGCAGUGCCUGUGGCAGGGACCGGGACCAGAGCUUCGGCAUCCCUUUGUCGGGCCCUGCUUUCUGGUGGGAUGGAGGAGCUUGGACCCCAAGAAGAGGGCCUGUUCUCCUGUGGGCGGCGCCUGAGUGUGUGAAGUUUCUGGAUUUAUAAGGAAGUUUUACAGCCAUGAGGUCAUUUCGCUGCCAGAAUGGGCCAGGAGGCUGGGGGCAUUUUUGUUCCCACUGCUCAGAGAGAGCUGCCCUGCUCGCUGUCUCCCUGCCUUUUCUGCCUGGUUCAGGAGUCCAGCUGGUGGCUCAUCUGUGUGGCCACCCGUCCAUCUGUCUGUCCUUCCGUCUCUUCCACGAGCAGCUGCCAGGGCUCAGCCACGGGACACAGACCCGGACCCUCCCACGAGAGUUCGAGCGGAGGACCCCGCGCGUCUGGUGAGCUGGCCCCGAUGCCGAGCACGAGGCCCGGGGGGCCGUGAGCAGGCCUGGCAGUGGAGCGGCCCGGGCCCCGCGCCGCCCAUGGGGCUGCAGGCCCGCCCGCCAGGCCCCCCGAGGCCCGAGGCCUAGGCCCGCCAGGGGUGGGCAGACAGAUGCGCCCCGGGCCGCAGGGUCUCCCGAGUGGACCGCCGGGCCGGGGGGGCCGCGGGGGAGGAUGCCGGCCAAGGGGCGCUAUUUCCUCAACGAGGGUGAAGAGGACCCUGACCAGGCUGCGCUCUACGGGAAGUACCGCCUCACCAGCCAGCACGGGCCGCUGCUGCUCACGCUCCUGCUGGUGGCUGUCACUGCCUGCGUCGCCCUCAUCAUCAUCAGCUUCGUCUGCGGGGACCCCUCUGGACACCAGGCUGUCCUGGGAAUGGCCUUCUUCACAUUUGCCGCGUUUGUGGUUCUCUACGUGUUGGUGUACGUGGAGUGCCUCGUCUCGCGGUGGCUCAGGGCCUCAGCGCUGCUCAUCUGGGUCUGCCUCAUGAUGCUGGGCUACAUGCUGGUGUUCGACUCAUGGAUCAACACAACUUCUGUGCGGGCGCAGGUACCCUUCUUCCUCUUCAUUGUCUUUGUGGUGUACACACUGCUGCCCUUCAGCAUGCAGGGGGCCAUCGCGGCAGGACUAGUCUCCAGCAUCUCCCACCUCCUGGUGCUCGGUGCUAUCAUGGGGGCCUUUACGGCACCCAGCAUCCAGGUGGGACUACAGCUGCUGGCCAAUGCUGUCAUCUUCCUGUGCGGGAACCUCACGGGUGCGUUCCACAAGCACCAUAUGCAGGACGCCUCCCGAGAGCUCUUCACCUACACUGUGAAGUGCAUCCAGAUCCGUCGCAAGCUGCGCAUCGAGAAGCGCCAGCAGGAGAACCUGUUGCUGUCGGUGCUGCCGGCGCACAUCUCCAUGGGCAUGAAGCUAGCCAUCAUCGAGCGGCUCAAGGAGCGCGGGGACCGCCGCUACAUGCCCGACAACAACUUCCACAGCCUGUAUGUCAAGCGGCACCAGAACGUCAGCAUCCUCUAUGCUGACAUCGUGGGCUUCACACGGCUGGCCAGCGACUGCUCCCCCAAAGAGUUGGUGGUGGUGCUGAACGAGCUCUUCGGCAAGUUUGACCAGAUCGCCAAGGCCAACGAGUGUAUGCGGAUCAAAAUCCUGGGAGACUGCUACUACUGCGUGUCGGGUCUGCCCGUAUCCCUGCCCACCCACGCCCGGAACUGUGUGAAGAUGGGGCUGGACAUGUGUGAGGCCAUCAAGCAGGUGCGAGAGGCCACGGGUGUGGAUAUUAGCAUGCGAGUGGGCAUACACUCAGGAAACGUGCUGUGUGGUGUCAUCGGGCUGCGCAAGUGGCAGUAUGACGUGUGGUCUCACGACGUGUCCCUGGCCAACAGGAUGGAGGCAGCUGGAGUCCCGGGCCGGGUGCACAUCACCGAGGCGACACUGAACCACCUGGACAAGGCGUAUGAGGUGGAGGAUGGGCACGGGCAGCAGCGGGACCCCUACCUGAAGGAGAUGAACAUUCGCACCUACCUAGUCAUCGACCCCAGGAGCCAGCAGCCGCCCCCGCCCAGCCAGCACCUCCCCAAGCCCAAGGGGGACGCAGCCCUGAAGAUGCGGGCGUCCGUGCGCAUGACCCGCUACCUGGAGUCCUGGGGGGCCGCGCGGCCCUUUGCGCACCUCAACCACCGUGAGAGCGUGAGCAGCGGCGAGACCCCGGUCACCAGGGGUCGGAGGCCCAAGACUAUUCCCCUGCGGCGCCACCGGACCCCUGACAGGAGCGCAUCCCCCAAGGGACGGUCGGAGGACGACUCCUACGAUGAGGAAAUGCUGUCAGCCAUCGAGGGGCUUAGCUCCACGAGGCCCUGCUGCUCCAAGUCUGAUGACUUCUACAUGUUUGGAUUCUUCUUCGUGGAGAAGGGCUUAGAGCGAGAGUACCGCCUGGCGCCCAUCCCCCGGGCCCGCCACUACUUCGCCUGUGCCAGCCUCAUCUUCGUCUGCAUCCUGCUGGUCCACGUCCUGCUCAUGCCCAGGAUGGUGACUCUGGGUGUGUCCUUCGGGCUGGUGGCCUGUGUGCUGGGGCUGGUGCUGGGCCUCUGCUUUGCCCACAAGUUCCUGAGGUGCUGCCCGGCGCGGGGUACGUUGCAGGCCAUCUCCAAGAGGGUGGAGACCCAGCCCCUGCUGCGGUUGUCUCUGGCCAUCCUGACUGUUGGCAGCCUGCUCAGCAUCGCCAUCGUCAACCUGCCCCUGAUGCCUUUCCCAGCCCUGGGGCUGCCUGCGGGCAACCAGACGAGCCUGAGUCCGAGUCCAAAGGCCAUCAGCAGGGAGCUGAUGCCGUGCGACCUCCUCCCGUAUUACACCUGUAGCUGCAUCCUGGCCUUUGUCGCUUGCUCGGUCUUCCUGCGGAUGAGCCUGGAGCUGAAGGUCGUGAUGUUGACAGCGGGCCUGGUGACCUACCUGGUGGUCUUCAAUAUCUCCCCGUGCUGGAAGUCGCACUGCUCGGACUACGGCCAGGCCAACCUCACCAAGACCAACGGAACCCUCAGCAGCUCCUCAUUGUGUUUGUGGAAGGAUCUGAAGGUGAUGAUCAACUUCUACCUGGUUCUGUUUUACGUCACCCUCAUCAUGCUCUCCAGACAGAUUGACUACUACUGCCGCUUGGACUGUUUGUGGAAGAAGAAGUUCAAGAAGGAACAUGAGGAGUUUGAAACCAUGGAGAACGUGAACCGCCUUCUUCUGGAGAAUGUCUUGCCAGCCCACGUGGCCGCUCACUUCAUCGGCGACAAGUUAAAUGAGGACUGGUACCAUCAGUCCUACGACUGCGUGUGUGUCAUGUUUGCGUCCGUACCGGACUUCAAAGUCUUCUACACAGAGUGUGAUGUCAACAAGGAGGGGCUGGAGUGUCUGCGCCUGCUCAACGAGAUCAUCGCUGACUUCGAUGAGCUGCUCCUAAAGCCCAAGUUCAGCAGUGUUGAGAAGAUCAAGACCAUUGGCAGCACAUACAUGGCAGCUGCGGGGCUCAGCAGCCCCUCAGGGACUGAGAACCAGGACCUGGAGCGGCAACACGCGCACAUUGGCAUCAUGGUGGAGUUCAGCAUUGCCCUGAUGAGCAAGCUGGAUGGCAUCAACCGGCAUUCCUUCAACUCCUUCCGCCUCCGAGUUGGCAUAAACCAUGGGCCAGUGAUCGCCGGAGUGAUUGGGGCCCGAAAGCCUCAGUAUGACAUCUGGGGAAACACAGUCAACGUUGCCAGCCGGAUGGAGAGCACUGGAGAACUUGGCAAGAUCCAGGUUACUGAAGAGACAUGCACCAUCCUCCAGGGACUAGGUUAUUCUUGCGAAUGCCGAGGACUGAUCAACGUCAAAGGCAAAGGCGAACUGAGGACUUACUUUGUCUGUACAGACACUGCCAAGUUCCAAGGAUUGGGACUGAACUGAGGGCUUCUGGUAGGUGCAGAACAUGCUAGAAGUGCAUUUUCUUCCCUGAGGCAAGCCAAGGGGAGCAUUCAGCCCCAUGCCAGUCACAAAGGCAUUCCAAGGGUUUGGCCAUCACUACUCCGGCAGAUGGCUUCCUUGCACUUGUGCUAGAGGAUUUCUUGGAAUGCGUCUGACCCCAGCCCGAGGCGACCACUGAGCCUUGCCACACACAGGCAGCCAGAAACUGUGUGGUCUGAGUCUGCAACACAGCCUCCAGACAGCGUGGAUAUGCUCACUCGUAAGCUUCAGAUCCUCAGCCCGCUAGGUGCUGUGGAGGUCUCAGAGCAUGAGCUGGACAUACCCUGCCAUGGCCUGCAAACUACGCCAGUAGGACCUUUUCUAGGUACAGAACUGAGACAAGCUGUCCAGGAUGGGCUGGGUACUCCUUUCUCCUCAGCAGAGCAGCAACAGCAUUCUGCAUUUCUCGCACAGGCAUUCAGGUAAAUAGAGCUGAAAAGACUGUUUUCCAUCUGUGGUUUCAUGCAGUAGGGAGGAAAAACCAUAAUGGACAUUUGUUACUUCUUGUCAUCUCUAGCAUGUGUUUGUUUUAAAUGGGUAUUAGUGGAGGUUUUAUCCUUUUAAUGACUUCUUAGACACUGGACAAAAUAUCUUCCCUCCAGUGUACCGUCUUUUAAACCACAGACACAGGAGAGCCUAUCGUCCAGGGUCCAUUGGUUUAUGGACCAGCCCAGGUGGGGGUGGGGCUCGGAGGAGUAGUGUGUGGCUCCUGGCAAGAAGGCAAGCAGCGGCACAGCCCCGGAAAUAAGGCAACCCCUUCUAGUCCCUCCCUGACCAUUCACACGUUUGGGGCGUUCCCCUGCAGUCUUCAGCUACGUCUUAGUUUCUAUUAUAAAGGAGUGGAGUCUGUGUAGACAGGACGUAGACAACCUGUCGUGCUUCCUUUUCUUUAGUCCUCACACCUAACGUGAAGAGCUUCCAAAUGAAAAGCAUGUACUCCAUGUAAGCGUGCAAAGAGGCUCCCGUAUCUGGGAAGCCAGACCACUCAGAAGUGCUGAGACGGUCUUGUUCUGAAUGAAUCAAGGCAAGUGCAAAAAGUCAGGUUUGCAAGAUGUGUCUUACACUGCUUCAAUUCUCAAAGAAUCAGAAGUCAGCUGUAAUUGUGUGUCAAGGUGAGAAGGAGCCACACUGCCCAUUCCUUUUUCUGAAUCAGCUUCACUGCCUCAUCUCCAGAGCAUGCUCAGGGUUUCCAACACAGCUGCAUUUCACAACAGAGUAGGGAUUCCCAGUGAGGGGUCCUCCGGGAAACCCCUGCAACUACAGGAAAUCUUGCAUAGGGGAGACUUCAAAAAGCUUACCCAGGGUUGCAGCCAAGGGCACAUAGAGCACUGAAACUGAACCCGCUGCCUGCUCAGGCCAUGUCUGCGGGCUUAUCAGUCUGAGAAGGGGCUUAUCUUAUUUGCACAGAGGAGCCAAUGCACCAGUGUGGCUCUGAGGCUUGCAUGUAACUGGAAGAGAUAGGAAUGAAUUACACGAACUUGCUGUACAAAGGAAUUUACAGCAAAAAUGCCAAAGGGAAUACCCUUACUUAAAAACCGCUUUUAUGUACCAACUUUUCAUAUAAAGGGCUGGUUUCAGGUGAGUGCUACACUUACAUUGGCAGUGGCCAGGGCUGCUCUACAGGGCUCUCCUGGGAGGUCAGGAAGGUUCUGUCGCAGAUGUGAUUUGGACACACCUAUGUGUGCUGGGUCUCUCGGAGGUGGGCCUACUUCUAGUCUUGCAAUAUUCUAAUUUUACUUUUUUUUCCUCCAGCAACAGAAAUCCCAAUUCCGAGUUCAAAAAGUAGUUACCAGUCCUAUCUUUUUAUUUCCACUUCAAGCCCUGUGUUCAGAUAAGCACAUUUUGUAAGUUCUGAGUUUCUGAUGUGCAGACCAUUGUGUGGAAUGGACUCUAAAAUGCACCUGCAGUCACUUCUGUUCAGUGUACUUUCCGGUGCCCCGGGCUCUUUACAGGUAUUGUUCUAUUUUCUGACAGGAUAAGUAGCUUUCCUCACCCUGACCUUUUCUAGGGGUCAGGGGCUGGCUUCAAGAUGGCCUCUCUGACUCUAGUGAAAGUCACACCUGAAGUUUUCUGGUUUACUCAUUAAGAAAAUCUAACAGAAAAGAUCAUUAACCACUGUAUACAUUGUGUAUAUAAUAGGUCAUGUACAAAAACAGGUUUUGAAAAGGUACAUAUGAAUAAUUAAGAAUUAUUCUGUAUACUGAGUAUUUAUAGAUUGUAAUAUUUGUUUCAAAAUGUUGUACUUCAUUUUUAUAAAGUACUAGUGUUUCUACUUUGUUUAGCAUUUCAUACAUUAAAUUAGCAAUUUGGAAGAUCUGAAUGUCCUAAAGUGUCUUGAAUUUGUUUUCUUGGUCUGUUUAAGAACUGAUUACUGCCUGAACUAUAAUCAAAAAAUUAAACUCUAAAAAGAUUUGAUAAAAUA